AUGUCUUUGCCGCUUGGAAAUACCCUGUCCAAAGUGUCGGUUGCUCGAUCACCUCUCAGACUUGCUAGUCUUGUCAAGGCACCUUCCGCUCGGCUUGUCCAGCAUGUCCAACGUCCCUUAGCACUGGCUAUGUACUCAACCGAAGUCAGAGCCAGCGAAACCACUCCCCCAAAAAAAUAUUCUGAAACUACCAAGAAAAUUGUUUACGGCUUGGCUAAGGUUAUGGGUUAUUACUCUGAGGGAUCGACCGCUAUCAAAUCAAGUCACGAAUUGUACAACUUGUGUGCUAGACAGAUGGAGUUGAACAAGGACUUCUUUGUCACCUCUUGUAAUUUGCCUGAUAACUUUCAGACCUGGUUCUCUGUCACCCAAUUGCAUGUGUGGAUGCUCAUGGUACGUCUUAGAGCGGAGGGAAAUGGUAAGCUGUAUACCCAAGAGCUAGUCAAUCGUUUCUUCGAUGAUGCCGAGGAUAAAAUCAGAGAAUACGGUAUCUCCCAACAGCGUGUGAUUAAGAGUUACAUCAAAGAUUUGCUGGCCCAGUUCCAUGGAGGUGUUGUAGCUUAUGAUGAAGGCAUGUGCAAGGAUGAUCCUGUAUUGGCUGCUGCAUUGUGGAGAAACUUAUUUGCUCCCUCAGCUAACAAUGCGGCUGAUUUGGCCAAUAUGGUCAAAUAUAUCCGUAGAGAACUCAAAGCUCUUGAAGAAAUUGAUGGCGAAAAGCUGAAUGCUGGUAUUGCUGCAUUUGGAAAACCUGAGGUUGUAGUUUAGAAUCUCUAAUCCCCUACACCAACACCUACACCAACAUCAAUACAACAACACAAUACCGACAUCGACAUCGACGCCGACAGCAACACACUAACACACCAACACAACACACAACAAACAAUUCAUAUAUAUACUUCUCUCUCUCUCUCUUUGAACCGAAACCAAAACCUUCAGUUCAUUUUUGUUUGUUGCUACUCCACAAGACAAUAUCCAUUUUAUUUCUGUUCUUGUUUUCGUUUUCGUACACAUCGCCCCAAAUCCUUUUCUUCUUUUCACAUACAACUGAAUUCACCUCACAAAUACACCCAAAAAAAUGAUACAAUAAAUUAAAUAUAGACAAUAAAACACGCCUUUGUCAUAGAAUCCUAAUCCAAACUUCAUUUUUCACCAAGGGAAUUAUUCUGAAGAAAAGGAAAGCAAUCUAAAGAGUGAGAAAGAGGCAUGUAUUCCCCCCUCUUACAUUCUACUUUGGCUCUAUUUACAAAAAUAAAAAUACGGAAAACCGGAAUUUUACAUCACAUACGCACACAAUAACAAGCUAUCCAUGCUCCACUUGUCUUUUGCUUUUCUUUCUUUUCGAUGGAGGGUUUUUUUUUGCUUUCUUCCUUUUUACUGAGACUUGUCAGGUCGGGCAAUCGAAGUCUCCAGUUUGUCCCCCAACUUGAUGAAAGUAUGGCGCAGAACACGGGAGUCAACCAAAAGCUUCUUGCCGAGGUCCUGAACAAUCAAAGGAUUGGCAUCGAAAUGCAUAACCCAAUACUGUCCUUCGUUGAAGUAAGCUUGAUGUCUCUUGAUGCGAUGAGGAAUCUUCAUCUCCCCCCAGUUAUCGAAUCCGCGAACAACACCACCGCGCUGCAAGACUUGACUUGCAGAGGUCUUGAUGAGAUCCUUCAGGUUGCUCUCUACAAGGUGAG